AAUUGAACUUAAAAAAAAUAUUUGCUGUUGGGACUGGGUAGAGUUCAAACUUAUGCUCAAAUCCGCUAUUGCUCCCCUCAGUCUCCCACCUCCUAAGGGGUUCGGGCCGUUCGGCAGCGAGUUUUGGUAGUUCUCAAUUCUCUCCAGAGUCUCAGCUCCGGCCGUUCAAACUGCUGUUACAGAUUUGUUAUGGCCAGAAGUGUGGUCCAACGUGAGGCAGAUGCUAGGGAUCGAAUCAGCCAACUCCCGGUAAAGAUUCUGGACCAUAUUAUGGGGCUCCUGCCUAUUCGGGAAGCUGCUAGAACUGCCGCUUUGUCAAAGGUUUGGAGAGAUGUGUGGUUCAGUCUCACGCACCUGUGCUUCGAUAAUCUAUUCUUUAGUCAUUUUCAUGGAAAAUAUAUGAAGCCCAGUGACGAUCUCGGGGAAUAUUCAUGUUUGUAUGCAAUCAACAAAGUUCUCCUGCAUCACAAGGGAUCUAUCCGUAAAUUUGUCUUUCUCCAUUCACGCAUUGAUAGACUAACCGCUGGGUCGCUGUCAUUCCACAUGCCUAAGUGGCUGCGUCUAGUCACACGAAAAGGUGUUGAAGAGAUUGAACUUCAUUUAAGGGGUGAAGCAUACGAGUUGCCGGUGUGCUUAUUUUCAUGCUCAACACUCACGAGAUUACAUUUGUGUUCCUUAUAUGUUGAACCACAAAGUUCCCCUUGCACGUUUCCAAAUGUUACCUCUCUUAUCUUUGAACGUGUUUGCUUUGGUAUUAGAAGUCUUCCAAACUGUGCUGUUGAUGCUCCUAAGCUCAAGAAUCUGUCUUUUUUGCAUUGUGAGGAUGUGUUUCACUUUAACAUUACUGCCAGAAAUCUUUCUACUUUGAGGAUAAACGGUUUUUAUGGUAGCAAACUUGGAAUUUUUCUCCCGGCUAGCUUGGACUUGAAUUCUAUUAGCACUCUUAUCAUAGACAUUCGCAUUCUCGAGUAUUUUCUUGGCCGAUAUACUGCAAAGCAAUUCAUGCUUCAAUUGCCUUCACUGAAUGUGGAACAACUCAGUCUACGGUUUCUUUGUUUCCAGCAUGAUGCUGCGGCUUCUGCAUUUGCUUGCUAGCUGUGCAAAUGCCCAAAGUUAUGCCAUCUUGAAAUUUGUUUUUCGUGGGUGGGGGAUAGAAACAAGUGUAUAGAUGCUACAUCGAAGCAUUUGAAAAAACUCCGUAGUGUGGCACGAACACACAAAAUGCUGUUGUCUUUGAAGCUUAGCUAUUUUGAUGGAUCGUGGUUCGAAAUGCAUUUCAUUCAGGAGAUGCUUGCAUGUCUUCCCGCACUUGAAAAUGUUGUUAUUGAUGGAAAUGGUUUGAACAAAGAACCUGAAGCUAUGGAAGAAAUUUCACGUUUUCCGCGUGCAUCCGGGAAAGCUACUAUUGUUUUUCAAUGAAUGAUUAUCGUCUCCAAGUUGAAUUUAUCGGUACUGAUCACUUUUGUUUUUUGUGGAAUGGUAGAAAGGCAAAUUUUCCAUUUUUUACGAGGUGCUUUGACAUGCCGAAUGAAUGAUUGGAGUGCUUUGACAUGCCAAAUGGAUGAUUGGUUUUGAGAUUAUGGGUUUUGAGCAAAUACUGGAGGAGCUUAUUCAGCU